AUGACCACACCUUCCGCCAUCUACAAGCAUGGAGACGAACUAGAGAAACACUUCCAAGUGGACAUUAAUAAUGCCAGAUAUAAGACUACAAAUGGUAGCACAACCGGUCCCAGUGAACACGUCUUGAAUGCAGGUCAAAUAGAUAGAGACAGACCAUCCGAUCCGAAACUACUGGAUAAUACAGAGUCAUCUUCUCCUUCUUACACUCCAUUAAGUCUGCUCAGAAUGCAAUUGACGGGAUUACAGGAUGAUAUUAAUAUCUUCUUGACUGAGAGGAUGGAAGUGGCCAAGAUGAAAAAAAGUAAAUUGGCCAGUGAUGCGGAAGAGAAACGAAUCGAGGAAGAGAUCAAAGUAUUAUUAGACGGUGGUGACGAUGACAAUAGUGAAACGGAGAACGAACAAUAA